AUGAACAUCGGUGCACCCAAAUUGCGGAGUCUAAGCCCGUCAAUCAAGCUUUAUGAGGAUAAUACUGUAGCGGUCAAUUUGAUUGAAAAUGUAAUUAUUUGUCCAGGGCCUCCCCACAUUGUCAGUGAUAAGCCACUAGAGCCAUGCGAGUUAUUUCUCAUAGAAAUAGAGAACGUAGAUAAGAAAUUAAGCAUUUACUAUCCGCCAGUGAGGUGUAGUAUCAUUAACCAUGAAAAUCUACCAAUGCUGAAUGAAUCGUAUGUAAUGUUCGAUAACAGUCGUGAAGUAGGAAAUGAUCGCUCUGAAAUAUUCAGGGAGUUGACAAAUUUUAAAGAGUUGGUGUGGACACCUUACGGUAGUAUUCUACUUAGUAUUUUAUAUCGGUAUUUACCUAUUAACCACAUGGAGCAAGAGCUUCCUUCUCUCGACACCUUAGUGGGCGAUCGAAUAGGCUUUUGUUACUUCCAAAGCCCCAACGGCAGGCAACAUGUUAUGUAUAAAGUGUCUAAAUAUGGUAUAUACGUACAAAAUUUUAUCCUAUCUAAUGGGGGGCCAAAGUAUCUGCUAAUUCAAAUGCUAAGACAGUUAAAGCAAUUUCGGACCAUUCCGGUAUAUGCUGUACCGUCUCUGCAGGGCUUAUCUCGGGAAGUUAUCUUUAAGCGUAUCAGGGCGGAGGGGAAACUGACGAAAGAGCGUUUAGAAGAAUUAAAUUUACCAAGAUCAAUAAUUAACAAACUGCAGAUUCAUAUUGGAUGGAACUUCACAGUUGGUGUUGUUCAAGAAGAUUGUUUGGAUGAUCUUCACUUACCAAAGCCUACCAAAGCCUUAAAAACUUAUAAAUUUCAGCUGUUAAAGUAUAUGUAA